UAGAAGGAGCGGAGGGCUGAACAAUAAAGGAAAUCAAUUAUAUUUAAGUGCAUAAUUUAAUAUAAGAAAUGCGCGAGUGCAUAUCCAUUCACGGCGGGCAAGCCGGCGUCCAAAUCGGGAACGCGUGCUGGGAGUUGUACUGUCUGGAGCAUGGCAUUCAGCCUGAUGGGCAAAUGCCCUCGGACAAGACCGUGGGGGGCGGCGACGACUCCUUCAACACCUUCUUCAGUGAAACAGGCGCCGGGAAACACGUGCCCAGGGCAGUCUUCAUCGAUCUGGAGCCAACGGUGGUAGACGAAGUCCGCACGGGAACAUACCGACAGCUGUUCCACCCGGAACAACUCAUCACCGGCAAAGAAGACGCCGCGAACAACUACGCCAGGGGACACUACACCAUCGGCAAAGAAAUCGUGGAUCUCGUCCUGGACAGAGUGCGCAAGCUCGCCGACCAAUGCACGGGUCUGCAGGGCUUCCUCAUCUUCCACUCUUUCGGCGGAGGCACCGGCUCCGGCUUCGCUUCCCUUCUCAUGGAACGCCUCUCCGUGGACUACGGGAAGAAAUCCAAACUAGAAUUCGCCAUUUACCCAGCCCCCCAGAUAUCCACGGCCGUGGUUGAGCCCUACAACUCUAUCCUCACCACGCACACGACGCUGGAGCACUCCGACGCCGCCUUCAUGGUAGACAACGAAGCCAUUUACGACAUAUGCAGAAGGAACUUGGAUAUCGAGAGACCUACGUACACCAACUUGAAUAGAUUGAUCGGACAAAUAGUAUCUUCGAUCACCGCUUCUCUGAGAUUCGACGGCGCCCUGAACGUCGACUUGACGGAGUUUCAGACUAACCUGGUGCCUUACCCUCGCAUUCAUUUCCCGCUGGUGACUUACGCUCCUGUGAUCUCUGCCGAGAAGGCCUACCACGAGCAACUGUCGGUCGCCGAGAUUACCAACGCAUGCUUCGAGCCCGCCAACCAGAUGGUGAAGUGCGACCCUCGCCACGGGAAGUACAUGGCGUGCUGCAUGCUGUACCGCGGUGACGUCGUGCCAAAGGACGUCAACGCUGCCAUCGGCACUAUUAAGACUAAGCGUACCAUUCAAUUCGUGGACUGGUGCCCGACUGGGUUUAAAGUGGGGAUUAAUUACCAACCGCCCACUGUCGUUCCUGGUGGUGACUUGGCCAAGGUGCAGCGUGCUGUGUGUAUGCUGUCGAACACCACAGCCAUCGCUGAAGCUUGGUCCCGCCUGAAUCACAAGUUUGAUUUGAUGUAUGCUAAACGAGCUUUCGUCCACUGGUACGUAGGUGAGGGCAUGGAGGAAGGAGAGUUCUCCGAGGCUCGCGAAGACUUGGCUGCCCUCGAGAAGGAUUACGAAGAAGUUGGAAUGGACUCUGGAGAAGGCGAGGGCGAAGGCGGCGAGGAAUAUUAACUUUUAUAUCAUUUUAUUUUUAGGACUAUUUUCCAGCUCGCUAUGUAGUAGGUCUAAAACGUAUUUUAAUUAUUUAAAAGGUAUGUUAUGUUUAUUUUG